AUGAAGAGCCUCAUCGUUCAUUCACUCUUGACUUUGCUGACUGCGGUCGCUGCUCACCCUGAUAGAGACCUCGUCUCCUAUGCGGGAUGCCAGGUCCUUCGUGUAAAGACCUUGACUGAGCUAGCUGACGUUCAAAAGAAGCUUUCGACCAUCUCAUUCGAGCAGUGGAACCACGAUCUCGACAGCCACACCGACAUCGUCGUUGCUCCUGACCAAAUCGAGAGGCUCCAGUCUCUCGGCCUUGACAACCGCACUCUGCAUGAGGAUCUUGGAGAAUCGAUCACUGCUGAAGCUCAGGUCGAGACCAAAUACCGGCGCGACGUGAAUGACCUGUCUUGGUACGACUCAUAUCAUCCAUAUGCAGAUCAUGUCCAGUACUUCAGCGAUCUUCACGAAGCUUUCCCCGCCAAUUCAGAGCUGAUCUCUCCUGGCCAUUCUCAUGAGAACCGUUCCAUUCAUGGAAUCCACCUCUUUGGAGACGACGGGCCUGGAAAACCAGCGGUCUUGUAUCACGGAACUGUACACGCUCGAGAAUGGAUCACGGCUCCGGUUGUCGAAUAUCUGACCCUACAGCUGACCACGGCCCAUAAAACCAACACCACGCAAUCCAUUCUCAACCUCUAUGGCUUUUACAUCUUCCCUAUCGUAAACCCCGAUGACAUUAAUAGGAAUUGGGAAUACGGGUGGGACGCGAAUCCAUUCGGCGCCUCAACCAACGCCUGCGCGCAGGCCUACAGGGGCCAGAAGCCGUCAGACACAAUCGAAAAUCAAGGCCUCCACCCAUACGUGCGCAAGCUCCGCGACAGCGUCGGCAUCAAGUUAUACAUCGACUGGCACAGUUACGGUCAACACAUCCUGUCGCCUUUUGGCUCAAAGGAAGAGUGGUAUGCGCCAGAGCUCGGGAAGUGGACCAAGACUGCCUCGCUUCUGAGUCAAACAAUCCGUAAUAGUUCCGACAGACGCACGACCUUCACUUUUGGCCCCAGUGGUGCUACUCUCUAUACCACGACUGGUGCCGCUCCUGACCAUGUCUAUGCUGUCGGGGGUGCUGAAUUCUCUUACACUAUCGAGCUGCCUGAUGCUGGAGACUCUGGCUUUAUACUACCACCCGAACGUAUCAGAGGCGCUGCCGGGGAGCAGUGGGCCGGUCAGCAAGUUCUUUACACUCUUCUUGACGAGGUAUUCUUUGAUGGCAGGGGCCCAGCAUGA